AGUAAAAAAUCAAUCCAAAAUUUUCGAAAACCUCGAUAAAGUUAGGGUUUUCCCUGUCGGGCUCUCAGUCCCCGCGGGCGACUCUAUCUGUCGUCGGAUUAAAUCGAUGCAGUAGAGAGAAACUCUACGCCUAAACCCUAAUUUCUUCACUCUCGUGAAGCUGGGGAGCCUCAGCACGAUGAAUGUCCCAAUUAUUGAUCCAUUGCAGGGAGAUUUCCCAGAAGUUAUAGAGGAUUAUUUGCAGCAUGGGAUCAUGAAAUGUAUUGCCUUCAACAGGAGAGGAACUCUUCUUGCUGCUGGCUGCUCAGAUGGGAGCUGUGUCAUUUGGGAUUUUGAGACUAGAGGCGUUGCUAAAGAGCUACGCGAUAAAGACUGUGGUUCCCCUAUAACUAGUGUUUGCUGGUCUAAGUAUGGCCACCAAAUACUUGCUUCUGCUAUGGAUAAGUCAUUGACGCUUUGGGAUGUUAAAACUGGUAAGAAGAUUGCCCGGAUUACACUGCAGCAAACUACACUCCUUGUCCGUCUACAUCCAGGUUCUUGCACUCCAUUUGUUUGCUUGGCUUGCCCCCUUUCUUCUGCCCCCAUCCUGGUUGAUCUCAACAAUGGAAGCUCCACUAUACUCCCAGUUUCUGUCUCUGAUGCUGGAGCAGGUCUCACCUCCCAUCCUCGCAAGCUUGAUGGCUCUCCAUCUUUUGCACCUACUGCUGCAACGUUCAACAAAUAUGGUGAUCUAGUUUAUGUAGGGAACUCCAAAGGUGAGAUCCUCAUAGUGGAUUAUAAGGACACUCAGGUUCACGCGAUGGUCCCCACUCCUGGAGCAUGUUUCAUAAAAAAUAUCGUCUUUAGUAGAAAUGGGCAGUAUUUGCUAACAAACUCAAACGAUCGGAUCAUUAGAGUCUACGAGAAUCUCCUCCCUCAGAAAGGUGCAGCAAAGGAACUUGAUGAAAUGGAAAGAGCUAGCAGUGAGUUCCAAGGGACCGAGAAGUUGAAAGCGGUUGGUUCUAAGUGUUUGCUUCUUUUUCGAGAGUUUCAGGAUGCUGUGACAAAGAUACAGUGGAAAGCACCUUGCUUUAGUGGUGAUGGUGAGUGGGUUGUCAGUGCUUCUGCUAGCAAAGGAGAGCAUAAAAUAUAUAUAUGGGAUCGCUCUGGGUAUUUGGUAAAGAUCCUUGAAGGGCCUAAAGAAGCUCUAAUAGAUCUUUUAUGGCACCCAGUAAAACCCUUGGUGGUAUCUGUUUCUGUUGCUGGCUUGGUUUAUAUCUGGGCCAAAGAUUAUACAGAGAAUUGGAGUGCAUUUGCACCGGAAUUCAAGGAGCUCGAGGAGAAUGAAGAGUAUGUGGAGAGAGAGGAUGAAUUUGACUUGGUUCCUGAAUCCGAGAAGGUGAAAGAGUUGGAUAUCGAUGUAGACGAAGAGGUUGAUAUCUUGACUGUAGAAAAGGAUUCAACGUUUAGUGAUUCUGAUGCAUCACAAGAAGAGCUUUGUUUCCUUCCAGCUGUUCCUUUGCCAGAUGUAAAUCCAGAGCAGCAAGAAGAUAAGUGUGUUGCAAGCUCGCCGAAGGUGGAGGGUAGCAAUCAAUCUGGUUAUCCAUUCUUAAUUGAAUCCAAGCAGAAUGGCCAGGCAAUACUUCCUGCUUCAAGCCCAGCAGAAGUUGUGGGUAAUUCUACUGCAGAUGAUCCCGAGGGUAUCUCUGGUUUGAAGAGGAAGAGGAAGCCAUCGGUGAAGGUGCUGGAGUUGUAGGAAGAGAAGUUCCAAAAACCAUCAACUAAGACCAAGCCCCUUUGCAGAUCUUCAAAAUCAAAGACCAAACUUGAAGAUGAGGAUGAUAUGAAUGGUUAUGAAUACGAAGAUGAUGAAACAAAUGAAUACCUAUAAGUCUUUCAAAUCAGUAGCCUAAAUGGUUGAAACCCAUUUAAAGUUGCGGCUUUCAAUUUCUUGAAGAGGUUUGGCUGAUGCUUUGUUGUCCCUCAUAUGUAGGAAGGCUUGGGUUCAUCCUAAUGGAGUGAGUUUGAAACAGUGUAGAUGUAGACCUGUAUUAAUUUGUAAGUGCACCUUGUGCAAAGGAGAGACUGGAAGAAUGCUGGCAAUGGAAAUUCUUUGCACCUUGCAAAAACUCCAAAGCCUGGGUGCAGUGUCAUAACAUCAUUUAUUUUUAUUCUUAUUUUAAUAUAAGGAAAUCAUUUUUAUUGAUAUA